CAAUCAUCACAAACCCUUAAACCCUCAUCAAUUAUAAGCAAUGCUACAAGGCAUUAAACUAGCAAGAGAGAAUAUGAUCCCGAGCUAGCAUAGACUAGGGUGAAAAGGGUGUCUGAGAACUACUUCUAACAUCAAGAAAAUCUACAGAAUUUGCACACUCUAAUACCAGCCCAUCAUCUCAGAUGUCAGCACACACCAAUCCUUAUCAUUUUCUGCCUCAAUAUUCCAUUACCCUUUUUUCUUCUUAUCCACUUUGAUCUCACUUUGUUUUUUCUCUCAUCUACAAAUCAAGUCUUUCCGGAUCAAAUCUACAUGGGUUUUUACAGCUAAGCUUGUUCUGAGUUCUGACAGAAAUAGCACAGGUUCAGAGUGUAAAGCAACUUCAACACCAAUCAGCAUAUGUGCUCAUAUUCUCUCAACUGCCAUCAAAUCUAUUAUUUUUUUCUAUCUUUUUCUCUGUUGUCAGAGACUUAACCUGCUUAUAUACCUGCCCAUGCUCAUUUCUUCGAUACUUAUCUUGUACUUUCGUAGCAUAUCGAAACUGUAGGGCUGCGGUUCCUACUAGGAUCAAGAACUGGAGCUUCCUAAAUUUGGAGAGUAAAUAAGUAUCAAUUUUUCUAAGUAAAGGUUUGCAGUUUACGCUACCUGGUUGAGCAUUGAAAUAAUGGUUAAGUCUUGUUGGAAGCCAUCGAUGGAAGGAGACCGAUUGCUGUGGCAUAAAGAUUUAGGGAGCCAUGUGAGUGGAGAGUUUUCAAUGGCAGUAAUUCAAGCUAACAAUUUGCUAGAGGAUCAAAGCCAACUUGUAUCAGGACAAUUAAGCUCAAUGAAUUCUGGUCCUUCAGGGACAUUCAUUGGGGUCUAUGAUGGACAUGGAGGACCAGAGACAUCGCGAUUUGUAAACGACACCCUGUUUCCCAAUCUCAAAAGAUUGGUCUCUGAACACCGAGAAGUGUCUGCGAAUGUCAUUAAGAAGGCUUUUAUGGCUACAGAACAGGAUUUCAUCUCUAGUGUGAGAGAUCAAUGGCAUUUCAAGCCACAGAUUGCAGCAGUGGGAACAUGUUGUUUAGUCGGCAUAAUAUGUGAUGGGGUUCUGUAUGUUGGUAAUGCUGGAGACUCUCGUGUGGUUUUAGGGAGAGCGAAUAGAUCAUUCUCAGAAGUGACAGCAAUACAGUUAUCAAGAGACCACAACGCAAACAUUGCAUCUGUAAGAGAUGAGCUUCAUUCAUUGCAUCCAGAUGAUGCGCAGAUUGUGGUUUUAAAACAUAAUAUUUGGCGUGUGAAAGGUAUCAUACAGAUUUCAAGAUCCAUUGGAGAUGCCUAUUUGAAAAAAGCAGAAUUCAACAGGGAACCUCUACUGGCCAAGUUUAGAUUACCUGCACCUUUUAAGAAGCCAAUUCUUAGUCCAGAGCCAUCAACCUCCACACACAAACUCAGCUCCACAGAUCAGUUUCUCAUAUUUGCAUCAGACGGGUUAUGGGAGCAGCUUAGCAACCAGGAUGCAGUAAAUAUUGUCCACAGUUACCCUCGAAACGGAAUAGCUAGGAGGCUUAUAAAAGCUGCACUUCAAGUGGCAGCCCGGAAAAGGGAGAUGAGAUAUUUGGAUCUGCAGAAUAUCGGUAGAGGAAUCAGGAGGCAUUUCCAUGACGACAUUACUGUAACAGUCGUAUUUCUAAAUUCCCCAAUGGUAAAUAAGAUAUCUGCUCGUAAUAUAUGUUCCAUAAGAGCAGGUGAGUAGCAUCGUCUAACAACUUGUGGCACCUUAAGGUUUAAAAAGAAGACACGAUGAAGAAAGCUUGCGAAGAAAUAGAUGGAGCUUUUCCUGAUACACGAUAUACAUUUGUAGUUACCAGAUACUUGGUUACAGUUCUCCCUUGGGAGCAACAUUGCUAUAGUGUACUCUUCCAUGGAUUGACCACAAAUUAAUUAUGUACAUGGGCA